AUGGUGCUCAAGCUCAACGGAGGCCUCGGCACCACCAUGGGCUGCACCGGCCCCAAAUCUGUCAUUGAAGCUUGCAAUGGGUUUACAUUUCUUGACCUUAUUGUGAUUCAGAUUGAGUCCCUGAACAAGAAGUAUGGAUGCAGUGUUCCUUUGCUUCUAAUGAACUCUUUCAACACUCAUGAUGACACACAGAAGAUUGUUGAGAAGUACUCCAACUCCAACAUUGAAAUUCACACUUUCAACCAGAGCCAAUACCCUCGCAUUGUCUCUGUUUGUGUGAUAUAG